UGUGUUAUGGCAAAACACGCGGUUUAGUCUCGAGGCUAAACCUUCCCUUGGAGUAAUCUUAUUUCUGUAGACUAGACCAUCCCUGACGUCUGACUAGACAGUACUCACAAGACUAGCAAUGGCUACACAGAGAACAAAGGAAGACGCUGACAGGCAAAAGGUCCUCCACUUGUCACACUCUUUGUAUCGAAAGCGGCUACGAACCGAGUACCAGAAACUGCAGUCCUCCAAACGUUCUAAACAGCUGUCGUGUGUUCGUGAUGAUCUGCAGAGGAACAGGGCGUAUCAGGACUCUCUGUAUGGACCCCCCACUGAGACCACACCCACCUUUGCCACCCCACUACCUCCGGAGAACUGUACGUCUCUUGAUCUCCCCCUCAAGGCCACUCUCGGUAUGUCUGUAUUCAAUGGCAAGACUCAGUAUAUCAAGGUGUCAGUGACUCAGAUCCCGGCACUCCACCCUCUCCCUCACUACAAUACCUGGAGCUCCACUCAGGGAAACUUCCUAGUAGAGGACGAAACAGUCCUGCACAACAUUCCUUAUAUGGGCGAGGAGGUCCUGGACAAAGACGAGGGAUUUAUAGAAGAACUGAUCAGGAACUAUGAUGGAAAGAUUCACGAUGGUCGUGAUGGAGGAGAGGGCAUCGAUGAUGAUAUCCUAGUCGACCUUGUGGAUGUCAUGACUCAAUUUGUGUGUAAUCCUCCCAAAUAUAUAAAGCAACAGCAGCAGCAACCACAACCCAGUGAUACUGUCACUGUCAAGAUGACUCAGAGUGACUACUUGUUCAGUGCACUAGGAGCAGCUGUCAAUGAGAGCCCCACCUCACUGCGGAGGAGGUAUCAUAAGCUAACCACCAGUGAACAAGGGUCAAAGUGCAUCCCCAACCUUGACGAUCCGAGCAUAAAGCCCUUAUCAAGGACGGAGGCACUGCACUCGUACCAAACACUAUUCUGUCGUCGCUGUUUCAAGUACGAUUGUUUCUCCCACGGUUGGUACCCUGGCCCACCCUCUCCCACUCCCUGUCCCUCACAGUCGUCCCCUCGGAGGGAGCCCUGUGGACUACAAUGCUUCCUGCACAAGGUCAAUUCUGAGAACCUAGCGUCACUGCUGACUCAGCACUCUGGUCCCAAAGGGAGGAGAGCUAACAAAGCGACCAAUCAGAUUGCAGCAAAGCCGACAUGUGACUCCAGUGACGAAUCAAGCUCAGAAGGUUCAGAUGACGAGUGGUUGGCUGAGGGGUCAAAGGACAAUCCUUCCAUCACUGGCGGAGAGGGGUCAUCAAAGGUCAUUGUGGAGGAGGCAGUAAAAGAAAAGACUGAAUGGAAUGGCUCGGAAACGACAUACUUUCGAAUGCUUCAUCCGAUUUUUGUCAACAAUUUCUGUGCCAUAGCUGAACUACUACGAACCAAGACGUGCCUCGAGGUGUUUGAGCAUGCUCAGUGCGUUGCUAUGGAGAUGGGUCAGCCCAAAGAUCGGAGACUAGCAGCAAAGAAAAAGAAGAAGAGUAUGAGGUCUUGGACGGCACACCAUCGCAAGAUCCAGUCAAAGUUGGAGGGUCAAGUGACAUCGCAAUCUAACUACCAGCCAUGUGAUCAUCCCGGUGUGUCAUGUGACAGCAACUGCUCCUGUGUCUCCUCAAGGAACUUCUGUGAGAAGUUCUGUAGAUGCAGUCAAGAGUGUCCCAACAGGUUCCCUGGAUGCCGUUGCCGUGGCUCCUGCUCCACUAAACACUGUCCUUGCUUCCUGGCCGUGAGAGAAUGUGAUCCAGACUUGUGUAACCUUUGUGGAGCGGGUGAUGGUCUUACUGUGGGCUCUGCUGGCUACAGUGGCUGCAGCUGCAAGAAUGUGUCCAUCCAGCGUGGUCUCAGCAAGCACUUGUUACUGGCUCCCUCGGAUGUGGCAGGGUGGGGCAUCUUCCUCAAGGACAGAGUUCAGAAGAAUGCUUUCCUCAGUGAAUAUUGUGGAGAGGUCAUCUCUCAGGAAGAGGCAGACAGACGAGGGAAGGUCUAUGACAAGUACAUGUGCAGCUUCUUGUUCAACCUUAAUCACGAUUAUGUGGUGGACGCAACUCGCAAAGGCAACAAGAUCCGUUUUGCCAACCAUUCAAUUAACCCAAACUGCUUUGCUAAAGUUAUAAUGGUGAGUGGUGACCACAGGAUUGGCAUCUUUGCCAAGAGGAACAUAGAGUCUGGGGAGGAGCUCUUCUUUGACUAUCGAUAUGGACCGACUGAGCAGCUCAAGUACGUGGGCAUUGAGAGAGAAGCACUCUAGUCUAGUGGACACUAACAUUGUGUGUGUGUGUGUGUGUGUGUGUGUUGGAGC